CCACUACUGACUGUGUUUACACGCUCUAAAAACAAUGGGAUUCUCUGUCCUUCUGUCUAAACCCGACACUUUAAUCCGUUAUAAAGACGUGAAUACGCGUCUAAGUAAAUCGAGCGCGACAGCUGACGAGGGGAUCGUUUUAAGAAGGAACCCAGAAUGUUUCUGUUGCAGUUACCCGAGGAUGUUUUGUACCUCAUCCUGUCUAACUUGGACUGCAAAUCUUUAUGUCGCCUCUCUCAGGUGUGCAGGAGAAGCUAUCAGUUCAUCUACCGCGACACUGUGUGGAGGAAGAUAGCCAAGGACUUUAUUAACACUGGAAUUACACGAGAAGGAGCUGAUCUGUAUCCUGCCAUCCCAUUAAAGGACAGAGUGAAGAUAUCUCAGAACUGGAGACAUGGUGUAUCCCGUAAAGAUGUCCUUCUCAAGUGGAAGGUUAACUUGUUGCCCUGGCUGCAGCUAGACGGUGAUGUGCUGUAUCUGUCUCAGGCAUCAGACAUUGGAGCGUAUCAUCUCAGGAGGGCUGAAGGUAGAAAGUUCCAGCAUAAUCGGGUGGCUGUGUUUUCCGGUCACCAAGAAGACGUGUGCCGAUUCACCGUGACGGAUUCAUACGUGGUCAGCGCUGGAGGUGAUGGGAAGAUCAUCAUCUAUGAUAAAACAGGGGAUUGUUCUGUGGAGUAUUAUGGCCAUAAUCAGGAGGUGAACUGUAUUGACAGCAAAGGUGAUUUAAUAAUCAGUGGCUCAAGAGACAAGACAGCGAAGAUGUGGACAUUAAGUCUCGACAAAAUUGGCAAGUGUCUUCAUACAAUCGCUACCUGUGACAGAGUGUGGUCAGUCGCUAUAAGUCCUUCUCUGGGCACCUUUGUGACUGGAACUGCAUGCUGUGAGAAAUACUCACCUCUUUGGAUUUGGGACACUGAAAGGUGUCACCUGGUGUCGUGUCUUGGCACAGACUUCCGCAGAGGUGCAGGUGUGUUAGAUAUUGUGUACGAGUCUCCAUUCCAGCUCCUCACCUGUGGAUAUGACACUUUCAUCCGCUACUGGGAUCUGCGUGUCUGCCUCAGAAAGUGUGUGAUGGAGUGGGAGGAGCCCCAUGACAGUGCUCUUUACUGUAUCCAGAGCGAUAAAAAUCACAUGAUUGCUAGUGGAUCCUCCUACUAUGGAGUGGUUCGUCUGUGGGACAAACGACAAACUCGCUGCUUGCAGAUGUUCCAGCUUAGCUCCAUCACUAGCAGCCCGGUGUACAGUCUGUGCUUCAACUCCACACACCUGUACACUGCCCUCGACUCAGCCCUUUACUCACUGGACUUCAGGAGUUCAGCAUCCAGGAGAUAAUACAACACACCUCUCACAACACACACCGGUACUCUCGACAUGUGCCUUGGGUUUAAAUCCACUAUCCACAACACACCUUCAACAUCUCCUCUCAGCUCUGACUGUCAGCCUGUAGGCUUUUACCUCUCUGAGACCUUACUGGAACUUGAUUCAAGUAUUUGUACCGUGUGGACUUGGAUUUGUGACACACAGAGAGAGGCAGAGAGUUGCUAUUUCUUUACUAACCUAUCUCACUGGCUGCUGGAAGCAAUUGAAGGAAGCAGAGUUCAUGACCUUCUGUAGCCCAAGACUUAACGGACUUAACACAUUGCCAGUGACCUGUGCGACUCCUAAAACAAACACUGAUCAGAGCUGUCAGAAAUGCCCUGUUGGAAAUUCUGCCAAAGCAUAUACACUUAUCAGCCAUAACAUUAAA